ACGCACACCACCAUGUCAACAGGGAAGCAGUACAAGGCCAUCGGAGAAGACGUCUGGAAGCGCACCGACAAGGUCAACGCCGAGCUCUUCACCCUCACGUACGGCGCGCUGGUGGUGCAGCUCAUCAAGGACUACGAGGACUAUGGCGAGGUGAACAAGCAGCUCGAGAAGAUGGGCUACAACAUCGGCACCCGCCUCAUCGAGGACUUCCUCGCGCGCACCGGCCUGCAGCGGUGCCAGACCUUCUCGGAAACCGCCGAAGUGGUGUCCAAGGUGGCAUUCAAGACGUUCCUCAACAUCACGCCGAGCGUGUCGUUCCCGCCUGCCCAAGCGGCCUCUCCGGCAAGCAGCACAGAAUUCGUGCUCACGUUCGACGAGAACCCGCUCGACGAGUUCGCCGAGCUGCCGCCCGACGCGCGCGAGGGCGGGCUGUGGUUCUCGAAUGUGUAUGCCGGCGUCAUCCGGGGUGCGUUGGAGAUGAUCCAGAUGCAGGUCGAGACGCGCUUCCUUGCCGACACGCUGCGCGGCGACGACGCGACAGAGCUGUACGUCCGCCUCGUGCGUAUCCUCGACGAGGAGCAGCCCGAGAACGACGAGUAGGCAGGCGCAGGCAGGCGUUAGAUGCAACAUAUACCCAGCAGCCGUCGUCGCUACACGCGAUGCAUACAACAACAUAUCUAGC